GCUACCUUCCAGCCGUGAGGUGGCUGCCCUGGCACUCAGGCUUAGGCAAGCAUGCAGGAAGGGCGGCUGCCAGCCAGCACAACCUGUGCGUGUUUACAUGUCUACCAAUAAACAUUCAUCUUGGAGCACGUUCUGAAGUUGCGGCAGGGCAUAAGUGCGGAGGAGGAAGGUGUACCUGCCCACAGCAGAGGCCUCCGCCAGGGGCCCGGGAAAGGAGAAAGGGAGUGAGGGGAGGGGACAGCCGCGGGCGGCAGCGCCCGUAGCUGGGACAGGUGCCACGGGAAGGGGAGGGCCUGUGGGAGCGGCGGGGUGGCCUGCCGCCACGGCCCCCGGCGGGAGGAGGAGGCCGCGCCAUGGCUCGGUGCGGGAGCUGCGAGCGGGCGCUGCUGCUGGCAUGGCUACUGCUGGCCUGCAUGUCGGCCGGUUGCCUCUCCUUGCUGGUGACAGUUCAGGAUACUGAGCGUUACACCACCUUAUUUGCCAGUAUUACCCUCAAGUGUGACUACAGCACUUCAGCCCAGCUGCAGGAUGUAGUGGUGACCUGGCGCUUCAAAUCCUUCUGCAAGGACCCCAUCUUUGAUUACUACUCAGUCUCGUACCAAGCCAGCUUAGCUCUCGGCCAGGACCCGUCUGAUGACUGCAAUGAUGUCCAACGAAAAGUGCGCAUUGUCAUCCAGAAAUAUGGGCAGAAUGAGCCUGUGCUGGGUGUUGACUACCGGCAACGGAAGAUCACCAUCCAGAACCGGGCAGACCUUGUUAUCAGUGAGGUCAUGUGGUGGGACCAUGGCGUAUACUACUGUACUGUGGAAGCACCAGGAGAUACCUCAGGAGAUCCAGACAAGGAAGUUAAGCUAAUUGUUUUACACUGGCUCACAGUACUCCUCAUCAUCCUCGGUGGCCUCCUCCUCCUCCUGCUGAUUGGAAUAUGCUGGUGCCAGUGCUGUCCCCAGCAUUGCUGCUGCCACAUCCGGUGUGUCUGCUGCCCAACCCGGUGCUGCUGUAAUGAGAAAGUACUGGAACGGCAUCGGUUCAUGAAGCGGGCUCAGGCAUUUGCACCUUGGAUGUUACCUAAUAUGUUCUAUGGAGGUGCUGAUAGGAAUUCACAACUUUCCUCUUACCAGCUGAACCCUCUACUGCAACAAGAUGUGUCUCUGCAGAACAGUCUUCCAUUGGUGCAGCCACAAGCUCGACUUUCCCCUAACAAGGGUGUUUUGGACUAUCUGGAAUCUGAAAUCCAAAACCUUAACCCGUCACAGCCCCGGCCACCCUCCAACCAGCGGCAGGCAGUGCAGCCCAGCUUACUGUCCUCCCUGGGCAGUGACAUCAUGCAGCAUGGUGCAAAUGGCCUUCCUCCUCUCACUGGUCACGUCUCUUCCUCCCAUGGGAGCAGCAGCUCCUCACGUCUACAGAGAACUACCCACAGCCCCAGAACUUGGGACUCCUUAGCAGAGAACAGGAGGGAGGAUCGGAGGUGGCCCUUGCCUUCCAGUGAAGAUUCUCGUUCCAGCUACAGUCGGGAGCCCCGGGACAGGCAGCGAGAGGACUAUCCUCCAAGGCAGAGGCCAGGCGGCUAUGAUAGCAGGCCCCAACACCCCAGGCGGGAUGUGUCGCCCACCCGCCAGACUGAGAGAGGAAAAAGCAGCAGCAGCAGCUGCAGUUUCUACUCAGAGGAGGCCAAGGAGCACUCCAACCACCAUCGUGGCCGGAGACAGCAGCCUGCAGUGAGGCGAGAGUACCAGCAGCACACCAGGAGCAGCAAUAACUCAAGGCACCGGCGGCACAGCUACUCUCCCCCUUCUCAACGGGGAUCAUGGAGCUCCUCAGAAGAACAAAUCCGUCUCCCAGCAACAAACCGCAGGAGGCACAACCGGUCUCGGGAAUGGCCAGAAGAUAAACCUCCCAGUUAUCGCUCACUAGAAAUCAUCCCAGAUCGUGACAGCAAGCAAAGAGAGGGUGCAGGGCCACGCUCGGACAGAGGAAGUUCCUAUAGUGCAAGAAGCAUCGUCAUUUAAUGCCAUUACUGAAAGAAGGAAGAUUCACACUGGACUCUUUUUAGCUUUUUUAACUGUAUAGUUGGGAUGACUGCUUUUGAUUGAACCAGCAAAAGAAAACCAAACAGAAGAUGAAACUACUUUUGAAGAAGAUAUGUCUGGUGGAUGUAGAAGCAAUAUAUAGCCCAUAUUUGUUCCUACUUUGAUUUGGAAACUUGGAUUUGUGGGCUGAAAACAUGCUAUUUGAUACAGCAGAUUUUUUUUAAUAAACGGUAUAUUCCCAGAGACAUCAGUUGCCUGACACUACAAAGAGGACAGUAUGUAGAAUCCCGAUCCUUUGCACACCAGUUACUGGAGAAGGGCUCUGAUAAUCACAGAGAUGUGCAGUCACGGGACAGUAGAGUAAUUUAGGUUGGAAGAUACCUCUGGAGCUCCUCUGACACAGUCCUCUCACAAUUUGCUGUAGAGAGGCAUGGCAUCUCCUUUCUGAGGCUCUCUAUUGUACUUCAGAAUUAUUUGAUGCUUGCUGCUUCUGCCCGGCUGUUCAGUGUAGUGUGGGCAGUUGCUCCCUUUUACAUCUCUCUCCCAAACAGCAGAAUUCCAGUGUUAGAAGGGUUUACAAGCAAUCUGCACAUUGCCAGCUUAUCUGCCCUGUACUGACUGAAACAUCCUGCUCUACAUUAAGCUUAGUCUGUAGUACCUAAAAAGAUGCUUGUUCUAGCCUUUAACACAGACUUGAAUUUAUUUGUAAACAUAAUGAGUUAAAUUUACCAAAGCCUGGUCAUCCCCACAGUAACUGAGCAUGGUAUGACUGCUGUCUCUCAUACCAUAUACCAGAACUUCUUUUGACUUCAGGAGGUGUAACUUUGAUUGAUGUAUGUUUCCUGGGCCAUAUACUCAUGUUCUCCCUUUGCUCUCUCUUCCAUGUACUAUAUACAUGGUGUGGGAUAAAGGGCUGUAAAAAGGCCUAGCAAUUUUUACUAUUGUCCUCUUGAUCUUCACUCUGACACACAUGAGUUCUGAAUACGUGGUAUAUCUGAUCUAUCUAGAUGGCAGGGUUUUCUCAUCUCUUACCUUGCAACUUGAAUGCAGAAUUUCUAGAAUGCCAUGACACUGCCUGCAAAGGAGAAAAACUUGCCAUUUUUCCUUGAUGUGAUUCAUCCAUUCACUGCUGUCAUUUAAAAUGUACUGGAAAACUUGAUGUUCUCUGGGUGCUAUAGUUACAUGCUGGAUACAUCCACAGGAAACUGGCUUACCAAUGACAUUCUUGGAUUCAUGAAGCUCAAUCAUUGCCCAGAAAGGCAAAGGCUGGUGACUGUCCCCUUCUACUCUACCUUCAUGAGGCCCCAGCUGGAGUACUGCAUCCAAAUCUGGGGCCCCCAGCACAGGAAAGAUGUGAAGCUUUUGGAGAGGGUCCAGAGGAGGGCCAUGAAGAUGAUCCAGGGGCUGGAGCACCUCUCCUGUGAAGAUAGGUUGAAGGAAUUGGGCAUGUUCAGCCUGGAAAAGAGAAGGCUGCGGGGAGACCUAAUUACGGCCUUCCAGUAUUUAAAAGGAGUUCAUAAACGUGAGGGAAAUAAACUUUUUACACAGCUUUACACACUUUUUAGAUAGUGAUAGUACAAGGGGGAAUGAUUUUAAACUAAAAGAGGAUAGAUUUAGGUUAGAUAUGAAGAGGGUGUUUUUUAUUGAGAGAGAGAUAAGGUGCUGGAACAGGUUGCCCAAGAGAGGAGGCCCCAUCCCUGGAGGUGUUUAAGAACAGGCUGGGUAGGACUCUGGGCAACCUGAUCUACUACUUGAUCUAGCAGCUGGCAAUCCUGUCUGUGGCAGAGGGGCUGGAAUUUGAUGAUCCUUGAGUUCCCUUCCAACCCAAGCCGUUCUAUGAUUCUACAAUUCAUGCUAACUGCAGAGGUUGCCCUUUUUGCUCUAAAUCACAUGAAGGAGCUCUCCAUCUUUAUUACCAUGGUUCCCAUAACUGAGUCAGGAUGACUACCAUAGAUUGUGCGAAUUUGUGCAUGUUGUGCUGUGUGAAGUCUGAAGAGUUUUAUCCUUAUCACGUUUGAGCUCUUCAGUCACUUGGUUCAUAUAUAUAGAAACAUUAAACAUCACACUUCAGGGAAAAGUGAUUAUAUCUCAGUCUUAAUUCUGUGACUUAAAAUUGCAGACAGAAGUAGAUUAAGUUAUUCAGCAGGGAAACAGAAAUGGCAACAGCUUUGGUAAGGUCUGGUCCACAAACCACUGUGGUUCCUAAAGCACUGAUCAGUGGUCUGUGGAAUAGCUAAAAAGGAAAUAUAUACAUGUGCUUUGUAACUGCAAGCAGACAGGAAAGUAGGAAGAAAGUAGGCUACACUUUGAAUGCUUAUUUCUGUUUUUAAUUGGCUAUAAGUGAAAGCCUUUGCAAUGGCACUGCUCAAUACCAUGUAGACUUUGUUUAACAGUGAAAUUGCAAGGCUUUUGACUUUUUAAGAGGGAUUGAAUUUAGCAGCUGAAAGGCUACACAGUGAAAGAACAGUAGGAAAUAGUUGAGCUUCAUUCUUUCUAGGUUGUAAUUUACCCAUCUUUAAUCUUUUAGCCAUUCCAAAGUGCUGAUGUUUGUGUGUCACCCAUUUGCGAUGAAAGAAAUAAAUACGAUCUCAUUUGUUA